AUGAGGUUCAAUCGCCUUCUCGCCGGCGCGCUUAACGACCGGAUCGCCUCUCCGGCAAGGAGAUUCUCCAAAAGCGCCGCGGCGGCAAUACCGAACAGCGCAUCACGACGCUAUGUCGAGCAGCCCCCUCCUUACCCCAAUACGCGGCGUGAAAUGGCCGCUGAGGAAGACGGUGCGCGCUCUGAAAUCGAGGAAGGAGAGGCCUCAGCACGCGAUAAGCUCGCCAUCAGCGCGGAGGACUCCCUCGCAUCUGCCAUCUACGGCGCUGCCGUCCGCGAGCAGCGUGAAAUCGAGGCGCGAAUCAACGAAAUCGCGGAGCGCGCGCUUCGCCCCAUCGCCGGGAGCUUUUGCUUCGCCCGCGCCGCUGACGAAGUCGACGAAGCCGAUCACCCCACCCCAACGGUGAUGGUUCUUGGUAACCGCCACGCGGGCAAAUCGAUGUUUAUUAACUUCCUCGCCGGGCGGGAGAUUCAGGAAACAAAAAACGGCGACCAAGGGGGCGGUUUUUUCACCGUUAUCCGCCAUGGUGCGGUUGAUUUCACCGAAGAAGGGGUCUUGGCGUUGCGCAGUUCUAACUACGCGCUGCAAUCGCUACACCCACUCGGCGCGAACCUGCAUCGCCGUUUAAAAGUCAAAACCCGUGUGAUGCCGGCGAACUGCGCGUUGCCGUCAAACCUCACACUGAUCGACACCCCUGACAUGCUCAACAACGCAUGUUCCUGCAAUACGCCAUCCGAUAACGGGCACCAGCCUCGAGGGUAUGAUUUUAUCGCCGCGACGCGGUGGUUUGCCCGGCGUAGCGAUCUGAUUUUACUUCUGUUCGAUCCCACCAACCCGCUCGAUAUUCAGAUUACCGGGGAAACGCUCGACGUGCUCACGAAGAGCCUCGCCGGCCUUGAGCAGCGGCUGCUGAUCGUGCUCCACAAGGCGGAUGCGUUCACCCGAGCGGCCGAUUUCGCGCGUUGCUACGGCGCCCUUUGCUGGAAUCUCAGUCGGGUGAUGCCGGGGAAGGAGCCUCCGCGCAUCUACGCCAUCGCCACCCCGCGAACGCGCGUGGAAACGGGCGAAGGGAACGAUCAAGCGACCUCUGAAACUGCGAUUCCUGCGGCGGAACUCGUGCGGGAGCGGAAUGAGAUCCUGACGGAGAUCCUCGUCUCGCCGCUCCGCCGUCUGGAGAAUCUUAUCACGGAAAAGAGAGAGCGUGCGGGUUGUGUGUGGAUGGCCGCGCGUGUGUGCAACUCCCUUCGGCGAGAAUACCAUCGCCGGGUGCUGCUUUUUCUAAGCAGCCUCGCGUUCGGAUGCGUCGGGGGGCCGCUCGUCGUCUUUACCGCGCUCCCGCCCUCGACCAUCCCCGCGGCCCUCGCAACGGGGCUGAGCGCCGUCGGGCUGGGGUGGAUCGGGCUCGUGUUCGCGAAGUAUCACUUCCGCCGCUACGCGCGCGAGCUGCUUUAUGCGAGCGAUGCCGUGUUUCUUCGUUUGUACGCCGAGCCGCCGCGCUCGACCGAGGCGGAACGGCGAUGGAUCAACGUCGUGCGGCCGGAGAUCCUCCGAUUGGCGAGCGACCUCCUCGGGGAGGAGGGCCGUGGCGGGAUUGGGGGGUUGCCAUCCACCCCUGCGCGCGCGUUAAGGCGGGUUGAAAGGCUCCUCUCGGAGGAUCUCCCCGCCCUCGGCCGGCGCGUCGAGGCCUUCAAAGCGGACGAGCGUCGGAGGCUGCGGGGUCCUCCGCGUGCGGGGGGAACGCGCGAAGCGGGAAGGAAGGGCCUUCCGGGGUGA